CUUCCGAGUAACGCUGAAUGAUUUCUCGGAGCGCUAAAGGUUAGCUUGAUGCUAGGUGUACAUUUAUUAUGAGGUUUAGCUCUGUUGUCGAACAGCUGCCAUGAACUGUUAGACCCAUUCCCUCUCAAGGUCUCGUGGUUGGCUGGAGAGAGAGAGGUGUCAGGAAUGUAUGCCUCUGGGAAAUACGGCUCUCGGGGCCCAGCUCUCAUUCCUCGAAUGAAAACCAAGCACCGUAUUUACUACAUCACCCUCUUCUCUGUGGUGCUGCUUGGGCUCAUUGCCACCGGGAUGUUUCAAUUCUGGCCCCACUCUAUUGAAUCCGCAGCAGACUGGAGCCUCGAUAAACGCAGCGUUCAUGACGCCCCUCUCGUCCACCUGCCUGUCUCCAGUCCCAUUCCUGAGAGAGGUGACCUAAGCUGCCGCAUGCACACCUGUUUUGACGUUUACAGAUGUGGCUACAAUCCUAAAAAUAGAAUCAAGGUCUACAUUUACCCCCUGCAGAAAUUUGUGGAUGAAUUAGGGGUUCCCAUCAGUAGCACUGGGCUGUCACGGGAGUACAAUGACCUGCUCAGUGCCAUCUCAGACAGUGACUUUUACACUGAUGACGUCACCAGAGCUUGCCUUUUUAUCCCCUCUAUUGACGUGCUGAAUCAGAACUCCCUACGUAUCAGAGAGACUGCCCAAGCUUUAGCAAUGCUGCCCAGAUGGGACAAAGGGAUGAAUCACCUACUCUUCAACAUGUUACCUGGAGGCCCUCCAGACUACAAUACUGCUUUAGAUGUUCCCAGAGACAGAGCGCUGCUGGCUGGAGGUGGUUUCUCUACAUGGACCUACAGACAAGGUUAUGAUGUCAGCAUCCCAGUUUACAGCCCCCUCUCUGCAGAUGUCGAGCUGCCUGAGCGACAGCCUGGGCCAAGACGCUAUUUCAUCCUGUCUUCUCAAACUGCCAUCCAUCGAGAGUACCGUGCUGAACUUGAGCGCUUGAAGGAAGAAAAUGGAGAAGCAUUGCUUCUCUUGGACAAGUGCAGUAACCUUUCUCAGGGUGCUGCCUCUGCACGAAAACGCUGUUAUAAGGGACAGGUGUAUGAUUACCCUCAGAUCCUUCAGGAGUCUUCCUUCUGUGUGGUUUUGCGAGGGGCACGUUUAGGUCAGGCUGCACUUAGUGAUGUUCUUCAGGCUGGCUGUGUUCCUGUUGUCCUCGCUGACUCAUAUAUUCUGCCAUUCUCUGAAGUCCUAGACUGGAAAAGGGCAUCUGUGGUCAUUCCAGAGGAGAAGCUAUCUGAGAUGUACACUAUUCUGAAGAGUAUUCCUCACCGACAAGUUGAAGAGAUGCAGAGACAGGCACGCUGGUUCUGGGAGGCCUACUUCAGCUCCAUGAAGGCUAUCGGCUUAACAACGCUCCAGAUCAUCAAUGACCGCAUCUACCCAUAUGCUGCACGCACCUACGAGCAGUGGAACAAUCCACCUAUUGUUAAGUGGUCCAGUGUGAACAGCCCCCUGUUCUUGCCACUCAUCCCACCAAGAGCUCCUGGGUUCACGGCUGUGGUGCUGACGUAUGAUCGUGUUGAAAGUCUUUUCCGUGUUAUCACUGAAAUCUCCAAGGUGCCGAGCUUGGCUAAACUUCUUGUUGUUUGGAAUAACCAGAACAAGAGCCCUCCAGAGGAGUCUCUUUGGCCAAAGAUUGGUGUUCCCCUCAAAGUCGUGCGAACCAAAGAGAACAAGCUGAGUAACCGCUUCUUCCCCUACGAUGAGAUCGAGACAGAAGCAGUGCUUGCGAUUGAUGAUGACAUCAUCAUGCUGACAUCUGAUGAACUGCAGUUUGGCUAUGAGGUAUGGAGGGAGUUUCCAGACAGGCUGGUGGGCUACCCAGGCCGGCUGCAUCUGUGGGACCAUGAAAUGGGGAAGUGGAAGUAUGAGUCUGAGUGGACCAAUGAAGUUUCCAUGGUCCUAACUGGAGCCGCCUUCUACCAUAAGUACUUCAACUAUUUGUACACAUACAAGAUGCCAGGAGACAUCAAGAACUGGGUGGAUGCUCAUAUGAACUGUGAAGACAUUGCCAUGAACUUCCUGGUGGCUAACAUCACAGGCAAAGCCCCCAUAAAGGUGACUCCAAGGAAAAAGUUCAAGUGCCCUGAGUGCACCGCCAUUGAUGGACUGUCGCUGGAUCAGACCCACAUGGUGGAGAGAUCUGAGUGCAUCAACAAGUUUGCAUCAGUGUUCGGUACUAUGCCGUUGAAGGUGGUGGAACAUCGUGCCGACCCAGUGCUCUACAAGGAUGACUUCCCAGAGAAGCUCAAGAGCUUCCCCAACAUCGGCAGCCUCUGACCAGCCGGUAACAGAUGUUGGGACCUCAACACAGCUUCAACACUUAAUCAUUUUAUAUCAGCAUUAUCUUUUAUAUCAUAAAAUCCAGACUCAGACUUAAGCAGAACAGGUUCCUUUAUUAUUAAAUUCACCCUAUUUUUACUUAUUCAAAUUUAACAGAUGGCAAUUAAAUUAGUAUCUUAAAUUUAAACAAAAAUAUCAGGAUGGAUAAGUGUGAUGUGAAUGGCUUGUAAGCUUAGAGUUAAAGAUAUAUCAGAUAUUUAUACUAAUGUACAGUUUAGUGUUACAUAUACAUAUAUUAGAAAGUCACUUUAAGUGUAUUGCUUGACAGACAUGCUGACCGGAGGCUUGUGGUCCCUCACUGUUACUGUUUUGGAGCUGAAACUUCAGGUUCCAGCUGCUCUGGAAUCAACUUAUACAGUGUACAUAUUUAUAUUAUACAGCAGUGCUGUAUAAUAGCCACAACUAUGAUGCUCCAGCUAGUGUUUCCUCUCUCCUCUUUUACUUUCUAAAAACUAAAACAGACCUUAUUCCUUACCUGUAAUGUGUAAUUCACAUAACAUACAAUAAAUGAUCCAAUGACAUACUUUAGUAUGAAGGAUCAGUCUAAUAGUUAACUGAAUGUGACAGCACACAGCAUGGUGGCUCACAGAUGAUGUACAGUAAAUGUUUCGCAUAUGUUUUCUUUUACACUAUCAGAUUGGGCCAUAAGACAAAGCUGGUACUACAAAUCUAAUAUAUCUAGAUUGAGUAACUGCUGAUUUUCAAAUGUUGAUGCUGAGCUACUGGAACAUCUUGAAUUGUAAUUUUAUACUGCCCGAGCAAUCCUUUCAUUAUAUUUAUAUAUGAUAUAUAUCAGACUGUAUAGUGAAUAAUAGACAGGCCAUCAUAAACCCACACAUUUCCAAACAGAUGUGUAUAAACCGUUGAUGCAAUGCUUUUUUUUUACGUUUAACUUUUUCACCUUUGUGUGUUUGUUUAUAUGUAUGUCCUUUCAUUUUUGUCCCAGUGUUUAGGCUACAACAUCAAGAACAGCUCAGUCUUUUAAGGUUUCUUGUGAUUAUUUUUUAAAUUUGCCUUUUUUAUUAUUUCUAUAUGGUCGUUGAGGUUGUUUUAAAUUUUUGGACUAAGUUCAUGUAUCUAAGUGUAUAUAUGCCUUUGAUAAGUAAAGACCACACUAAUGUG